AUGAAGACAUCUAACGUCGCCGAGGUGGGGUUAACAGUUUUGUAUGAGCCUGAAGACGAGGACCCAGAAGUGGAUGUUAUAUUCAUCCAUGGACUCCAAGGCCAUCCCAAGAAUACGUGGCUUUGGAGCGAAGGGAAGACGGAUGAUACAAGCGCUCCUACCGACAAAAGCAAACGGCCCUCAUUUUUACAGAAAUCUUUUACGAAGGUAUUUCAUAAAAGGCCAGACCCAAGGAAUACAGGCGAAACAUCUCUGAAGGGAAGUAAGGAAGACACGAGCCAUAUCGAUUCCAAUUCGGAAAAUGCAACCUACUGGCCGGUUGAUCUUCUCCCUGAUGAAUGCCCACAUGCGCGUAUCAUAACUUGGGGGUACGAUUCUCGAGUCACAAGGGGUUACGUCGCAACGAAUAAGAAUAACAUAUUUGGCCAUGCGAGAGACCUUCUAUAUGGGUACGAACGGGACCACCCUAUUGAUAGAAGUGUCAUUUUUGUGGCACAUUCAUUAGGCGGGAUAAUCGUAAAAGAUGUUCUUCGUCGCUCCUGGGACUCUGACGAGCCUCGGCUGCGUAAUAUUAUUGAGCACACCAAAGCAGUUGUUUUCCUCGGCACGCCACAUAGAGGGAGUCCUGGACUUGCAUCAACUGCAGAUGUAGUACGAAGGGUAGCUUCAACGAUCCUACGGUUUGACUCAAACGAUAGCAUUAUACGUGCUUUAGGAAUUGACGGUCCUGAGUUAGAGUUGUCGCGCGAGUCUUUCAUCACACAAUGGCGUAAACUACAGUUUACUGUUAAGACAUUUCAGGAAGCACGACCCAUUACUGGUGUAGGUGUAGGCCUACUUAACGAUAAGGUUGUUCCGGAUACUUCUUCGACAUUAGACGACCCAAGGGAGCAUGCCGAGACAAUACAGGCAAACCACAUGGACAUGUGUAAGUAUAGCAGCCGUCAUGAUCCAGGUUAUCAAAAAGUUGGAUUGGAACUUGCUAGGCUAGCCAAAGGGAAGAGCGUUGAUCCUACCCUUCAAACACGGCCAUUAUUGCCAACCCCUCAAGUUACUCGCGAUGUUAAUCAACCUAUGACUGAUGAUUCUAACCAUGAAGGAAUCGAUAAAAUUACCACACAAGGUUGUAUGAAGUUCCUAAAGUUCGAUGGGAUGCUACACCGAGAACAUACUAUCCAGGCCCCGUUAGCAAGUACAUGUCGGUGGUUGUUCAAACAUCCCACAUAUACUUCGUGGGAACGCCGUGAUGAUGUCCAGAAAAAUCACGGUAUGGUAUGGCUUAAGGGGGUCCCGGGUUCUGGAAAGUCUACUAUCAUGAAAGAAAUAGUAGGGCAUGCUAUAAAAGAUACUAAUCAGCCUCGAAUUGUUGCCCGAGUCUAUUUCAAUGCCCGCGGUUCUGUCCUGGAACACACAUAUUUGGGAAUGCUUCGGUCAAUACUGGUACAACUAUUGCAGCAAAGUAACUCUUUCCAGUCACCCAUUAUAGACCACUACGUCGCGGCAAAACCUACCGAUAGGAGCGAAUGGAUCCCUGGGGUAGAUGAGCUUCGGGAAUUAACUAGACGAUGCUUGAUAGACACAGACUACCAAGCUCGAAUAACAAUUUGCGUCGACGCUCUUGACGAAUGCGAUGAGAACCAAGCCAGGGAGACUGCCUCCUUUUUAAGGGAAAUAACAGACGCCGCAUUCGGUACCGGCAAGGUAUUAGAUGUCUGCAUAUCCAGUCGACACUAUCCUCAUAUUACUAUCCCGAAUUGUCCUGAUAUAGUAAUGGAGCAAGGCAACAAAGACGACAUUGAGCAGUUUGUCAAGUCAAAGAUCCCAUUUGAAAUUAUGGAUGACCACUUUGCUGUCGACCAGUUACGUUCUCAGAUUGUCGGAAAGUCAAAAGGGAUUUUUCUCUGGGUUGUCCUAGUGGUUAAUAUCGUCAGACGAGACCUUGACAACGGCCGGUCUGAAGCAGAUAUACAAGCUGGGAUCGCCCAAGUCCCCACUGACUUAGUUACCUUAUAUACCCAUCUCCUCAAAGAUAUGCCAACUGAUGACCGCAAGAGAUUUCAAAAUCUUGUUUACUGGCUAUUACUCGAGAACCGGGAACUGGGACUAGAAAGCAUACCUACUCUCGAGACACUUGGAGCAGAAUGUUGCCACAUACCUGAUGAGCCUAAUACUCAAAUAAACUUGCCCUUGUCACCUGGAGGAAAUAAGGAUGCUGGACGACUUGAAAAGCUUCUCCGGAGUUUAUCAAGGGGCUUGAUUGAGUAUUCUGGAAAAAGACUGCAGUUUAUUCAUGAAAGUGUGCGGGAGUUCAUUAUACAGAAUGGAUACACGGUAUUCCGCUGUCCCAGCAAUGAUAUUUUCUGGGCUAUUGGGCAUUGCACAAUCAUCCAAUUUUAUGCUCGCGUAGAGGCCUUCAAAUCAGAUGAUUCUGAACGUGCGGUUCGGGUAUUAUAA